AUGGUUCAAAUGCUGCUCCUUGGUAUUUGUGUUAGCCUCUUCCUUCCUCCUGGAGGUAAGUUCCCUUCCCCAGUGCUGGGAGACAGUUUUUCAGAUGGAAGCAAUAAACCUUUGAUUACCAGUUGUUGGCAAUCACAAGUGAAGAAAGUGCUGUGGAGCAUCUGGUCAGGCACUGUGAGAAGAGGAUGCUGAACUCAAUGGGCCACUCUCCUGAUCCAGCAGAGCUCUUCUGAGGUUCUUCUACAUAAAUUACACUUGAGGUUCAAGGUUGGUAUUUUGGAGUCUGAGAGGGACUCAGAGGCAAUAUGUCUCCAAAUAGCAGGGGAUUCACCAGUGGCUGAAGUGCUACUGAGCUCACAUGCUACUUGUGAACUUCCCAAAGGGAUCUGUUGGGCCUCUGUGAGAACAGGGUGUUGGACCAGCUGGGCCAUUGGCCUGAACUAACAGGCUCUUCUUGUGUUCUUAUACAUUGAUUACCCAUUUAUUAUCACCUGAGUUUCAAGACUGGUUUUCUGAUAACCUUGAGGUUCUCCCUUUUGAUGCAGAUGCAUUGACAUGUCGACUUUGCAUGUCCCCAUCUGAAGGGAGUCCAUGUCGCCCUUUUUCAGCUACAUGCUCAGCAAAACCUAAAACACAAGUGUGCCAUGCCUACACAGUGACCAAAGGUAAGAGUUCUACAUUUCCCCAUUGCAUAUAAUUAUGAAGGGUAGUAUAAUAUAUCACAGAAAUACCUUUAUAAGGAAACCUAUGUUGCUAUACUAACAUGGCAAUCAGGGACAUGAUGCUGGCCAUGAAAAUUUCAUCAAUAUUUCUUGCUGCAGAAAUUCCAUAUUAUUACAGUCCUUUCUCUUUUUGAAGUUUUUUCCCCUCUGGUGGAAACCGUAAGUAUGUCUAACGUCCUGCAUUCCAGAAGAGCCCCCAUGGCCUAAAGCAAAGAUGGAGAAAAGAUGAAGCUCCAGAUUUGUUGUACUAGAGUUCCUAUUGGCCUUUGCAAUUGACCAAGCUGGCUGGGGCUGGUGGGAGCUGGAGUCUACAACAAGUUGACCAUUCCUAAACUCAAGGAUAGGCACAAAACUGAGCAAUGAUCCAUUAUUGGGCACUAGCUAAGAGCAACUCCUGAGUGUUCUUCAGAUCACCCUCUACCUGAUCUAUUUUAACUGGAGACCUUCCGUAUGCAAACCAUUUGCUCUGCAUGCUUGUUCAUCAUACUGGUGUGCAGUGCAGCUUUCCCCACAAAAAUAGUCCGGGAGCACAGCCCUGUCCCUCCUGCUUACGUGUACGAGCUGGAGAGGCAGGGCUGUGAGGGGAUGGGCAGAGCAGACGUGCAGGGAAGAAGCCUCCCUGCAUGUCAGCUCUGCAAGCCGCAACUGUCCCUCCUGCAUGCAGCCUUGCCUCUCUGACAGGCGCAUGCGAGCCACAGGUACAGAGCGGCUUGCAGAGUGACGCUCAGGGUGGCUUCUUCCUGCGCAUCAGCUGUUAGCCAGGAAGCUGAAAAGCCUCAUCAAAGCCCCGCUGCACCUCCAGCUCAUGAAAAAACCCUUUUCAGAGCCCACAGAGGAUGUCCCCUUUGUGCUCCAAGGACAGUCUUCUCAUGAGUCAGAGGUAAUAUGGGCCCAGAGGUGUUACUGCUGAAAAAAGCCCUGCCAGUGUGCCAACUGAUUCACAACUGUGGCACAACCUGGAUCCUGUAAUUAGCAUGGCUGAUAGUUUCACCACACUCACAAGUGGGGAGAAUGAAAACCCAGGAGAGGACUUCAUUUGUUGUAAACUGUAGAUGUGAGGUGUAGUAGCCUCGGUGUCCAGAGAGCAUAAAUAUAAAUGUCUUCUCCUUUUCUCUCUCUACUUUCAUUCUGCCUGUCACCAUAAUAGAUGGGAAAGUUCAGCAGAAAAUUCUAGGCUGCAAGCCAAAGAAAUCUGUAGUUUGCAACACCAGCACCAAUACUGAUGGAACUGAGGCUCGACAUAUCUGCUGUGAUGACAGAGACUUCUGCAAUGAGGAUCUGUAG